AAAUUACUUUUAAAAAGCAGAAUCAGGAGAAACAAAUGAAAGCGAAUAGAUCUAAAUCUAGAGACAUCAUGAUAGUCUAACUAGUCUAAGACUAAACUAAACUUAAAUUAUUCUCAUAUGGACCUAAGUCUACAGAUCUAGACUAGACAGUAAAAAAAUGUACUGUAUGUAGACUGCACAGCACUUAUUCAAUACUGAUGUUUGGUUAGUAUCUCAGAUGGCUAAGAACAGUAAUGGUCAACAAAAGGUAGAACAUCCCAGAACAUCAAAGUUGAUGAACCUUGAACACACAGAAAAUCAAGACAAUCCUGUAACAGGGGUAAAAUUAAGUUACUGGUCAUCCAGUGUUGUUGUUUUCCUGGUUGCAGUCCUGUGCUUUAUAAAUAGCUAUGAUGGUGAUUUUGUCUUUGAUGAUUCAGAAGCCAUUGAAAACAAUAAAGACUUGCUACCAAGCACACCAUUGUGGAAUCUCAUGCAGAAUGACUUCUGGGGUAGAAAACUUGGAAAUUUGAGUCACAAGUCUUAUAGACCUUUGACUGUACUCACAUUCAGAUGGAAUUACUGGGCAGCAGGUGGACUCUACCCUCUAGGCUUCCAUGUUAUCAACAUACUGCUUCACGGAAUGGUCUGUGCUGCUCUCCUGCCUGUGUUCAGCAUCAUUAUCUCAGCUGAUGGUACCUGUAGGUUCCAGAGAUUAGCCUUGGUCUGCUCCUUGUUGUUUGCUGUCCACCCAGUGCACACUGAGAGUGUAGCUGGUGUUGUUGGUCGAGCGGAUCUAUUGUGUGCCUUAUUCUUUAUUUUGUCUUUCCUUGCUUAUGUUAAAGGAGUUACAGUCUAUUCCAGAUACCGUCCAGAAUGUUUUUCGUCCAGCUGGGUUUUUCUCAGCACCAUGCUAAGUGUUUUAGCAACUUUUAGUAAAGAGCAAGGCAUUACUGUUAUUGGUAUUUGCAGUGCCUAUGAUAUCUUAGUGGUGUGUGGCUUUGAUCUCAGAACUAUUUUAUCUCUUGGUAUGUUGACCAACUUCUCAGAAGAAGAAGAUGACAAAAUUGUAACUAGGAAAGCUAGCAGAGAGAAACAUGAUUGGAAACUAGCUUUUGUGAAGCGCCAGCUGAUUCUUUUCAUUUUUGCUGCUCUCCAGCUGUUUGUCCGGUGGCGUGUGAUGGGCUCAACUCCACCCAUCUUUCAGAUUCAUGACAACCCUCAUUCUUUUGUUAAUGGAACAGUCUAUAGGGCGUUAAACUACAAUUAUUUGUAUGCAAUCAAUGCCUGGAUCCUGUUAUGUCCUCAAUGGCUGUGUUUUGACUGGUCCAUGGGCUGUGUGCCCACUGUGGAGUCUUUGGCAGACUUGCGUCUCCUGUCUGUAGUCACCUUGUGGUUGGUGUUGCUUGUUUUAGCAUGGCAAUGUUUGAAUGAAGAAAAUGAAAAAACUAAAAGAUCUUUGAUUCUCUCCAUUGCCUUGAUUGUAAUUCCAUUCCUGCCAGCCACCAACAUUUUCUUCAGGGUUGGGUUUGUCAUCGCUGAAAGGGUUCUCUACAUUCCAUCAGCUGGGUUCUGUCUUUUGAUUGGCUUAGGUCUACACAAGCUCUCCGCCAGAGACACGCUCAAAAAUAUUGUUUAUGCUGGAUUUGUCUUGCUUGUAUGUGUUUUCUUUAUUCGAUCAAUGCAGAGAAGUAAUCAGUGGAGAAAAGGCUGGUGGCUCUUCACUUCUGGAGAACAAAUCUGCCCCUUCAAUGCCAAGGUACAUUAUAAUAUUGCUAAACUAAGUGCUGAUGCAGGGAACAUAACUCUGGCAGAAGAACGUUACAAGUUGGCCAUAGAAUUAAAUCCUGUAUACGAUCAAGCCAUGAACAAUUUAGCCAACAUUUACAAAGACCAAAAUAAACUCCAAGAAUCAGAAGAGCUGCUGGACAAAGCUGUAGCAAUAGCGCCAGACUUUGCUGCUGCUUGGAUGAAUAGGGGAAUCACAAAAGCUGCUUUAAAAAAAUAUGAGGAAUCUGAGAGAAGUUACAAGCAAGCAAUCAGGUGCCGAAAGAAUUAUCCAGACUGUUACUACAAUUUGGGGAAUUUGUAUUUAGAGAUGGGACGUAACCAGGAAGCAUUGGAUGCUUGGAAGAAUGCCACGCAGCUGAAGCCAACCCACUGGAACUCUUGGAACAAUGCUAUUAUCUUAUUGGACAAUUUGAAUUAUCAAGAACAAGCAGCCAAUGUUGCAUUGUCAGCUCUGAGGUUUAUACCACACAACUCUGCUAUACAGUUCAGUCUGGCUAAUGUCUUUGGAAAACAAGACAAUUACAAAGAAAGUGAAAAGUACUUUCUGCUAGCUUUACAAGGUGACCCAAGAAACCCAACGAUACAUAUGAAUUUAGGAGUUCUAUAUCACCGUUGGGGCAAGUACAAAGAGGCUCUGGCAUGUUACACCAAAUCCUUGGAACUUGACCCCCACAAUCAAGUCACACUGGACAAUCUGAAUCUGUUGAAAGCUAAAAUGAAAAUGUCUGCAUAAAGACUUCAUCUUGUUGUCUUCUUCGUCUUCUUGUCUUUAUUGGACAAUCUUUAUACACUUUUUAACAGUUUUAACUAAGUUGUACACAGUUGGUUUUAGUGUGUGCUUGCUAGUUACAAAUGUAUUACACUUGAGUAAUAAGGUAGUUUUUUUUUUUUUUAAGAUCACUGCUAUCAUUUUUUGUUAAUACUCGUUAUGUAAUUAUGCAAUAUGAGGUUGUGAACCAUAUUGAGGCCUAUUUAUUUAUUCUCUCCGUCUAAAAAAGAUAUUCCCAAUGAUUAAUGCUACAUAAAUGUUGAUACCAUUUUCUGAGAACAAAUUAACUAAAACUUAACUAUAUAAUAUUGAACAGAUUUUCUUAGCAAAAUAAUAAAAAAGCAUUAUCAUUGCCAUUGAGCUUUAUCAAUAAUAUUUGUAAUAACUGGAACUUACCCAACAAGGUUUAACUAUUACUAAAUUAUAUUCAUGUAUUUCCAUCUUAAUUUUAUUUUAAAUUCAAUAAGAAUAAAUCAAACAUAUUUUUUAUGUACCAUAAUAUCACUUGUCAAAAUAUUUUGUAUGUAAACAUAUGGGCCUCUAGCAAUAUUUGUACAUAGAUAAUCCAUGAGUUUACAAUUUAAAGGAAAAUAAGUUGCAUUGUACAGUAACUCUAUAAAAGGCCUCUUCAUUGAAAAAGGAAACGAAUGGAUCAUCCAUAAUAAAACUGGUAUAUAAACAAAUUUAAUACACCAAUCAUUCGACUUUUGUAGAUAAUAUUUUCUGCUCUUUCACACUUUUCUUUUAAUGGAAUGGAAUUGAAUGUUUACCAUUCAUUAUCUUUUUUUUUUCUUUCUCUUUCAUUUCAUUAUUGGAGAUUGUCAGUGUCUAUGGCAGUGUAUCUUUGUGGUGUAUCUGGUGUACAGACUAUAGAAUGUGUUGGUGAGCUAUGUCAUUUAGAAGCAAUACAAUCAAGUUUGUGCACUUUUUAGCACUGUGAAAUCAAAAUUUUAUAAGCUCUUUCACUUGUAGUACAAGCUAAAUUUUUGUUACUUAUUUGGCAGUAGUGAGCUUUUUAUAUAGUGUCCUUGUUUUUUUUUUAGAAUUGAAAAUGUACCAUGAAAAUCCCCUAUGUACUUUGACCAAUGUUCUUAAUGAUAAUGGUCUAGAGUUAGGCAGUCUCAUUGCUUGGUGGAAAAAAAAUUAUUGUAAAGCCUAGCUAGUCUGUAUUUACUUCUUCAUGUCUUGCAGACUUUGUAUACAUCUUUAUAUACUUUAGGAUCUAUGCAAAAUUUAUUUUUUUUUAAUCUUGAAUCAUCUAUUUAAUAAGAACCCAACAUUUUGUAUGCCAACAAAUUAACAUUAGAUUUUUCUAAAGUCAACAAUUACCAAUAUUUUUAGUAUAUUUUUAGACUAAAUAAUUCAUGAGUAGGCUGUUUAACAUUUAUUUAUACCAAUGCUCAGGGUAGUUUAACCAUUAAUAAGUAAAGGAAGAAAGAUACAUUCCAAUAGAUCGAAUGUUGAAAACUGGUGCUGGGUAAAAGUUUUUCUUGACAUGGGUUUUUUUAGUUUAUUUUUACCAUUGUUUUUAUAAGUAUAAUGUAUGCAUCAAAAAUUUUACGAAUAUGCAACAUGACAUUACCAAGUGAUUCUAUGUAUAUAUGAUUGACUUUUAGAACAUUUUUAUUGCCAUCUUUUAUUUGUACAAUCAAAUGGUUUUGAUCUCUUCUAUUUAAUGUCACUUUUACAAAUUUGUCUGUACAACUUCUUUUUUGUUUUAGGCUUGUAGUCUUUCAUUUAUGAAACUUUUCAACAGUGUAAUGUAAAAUAGCCACGAGCUUUUUUAUCUAAUUUUUUUUUUAUAACAUAUGUUCCCCAGUCCAGUAAUUAAAUUUUUCUGUAGUUCUAUUUUUGAGAUAAUUAAGAUACUUUUGACUUUUGUUUUUAUAUUCUACAAGUGUUGUUUUUCCUUUAAAUGUUUUUUUUUUAAAUGUAUAUGUAUGAUAUAUAUAUUAAGAUGUAUAUAAAAAAUGUUGGAUGAAAUUUUCUGGAAAAAAAGUUUCUUUUCUCUUACUGUUGCUGGCCUAAACCUCUAAAGGUGAAGCCUGUUUGUCAUAUUCUUACAAAGCUUAUAUCAUCUCUGUUUGGUCAAACGUUUGUACAUGUUAUUUCUCCAUUACCCAAUCUCGGAUCAAGCUGAAAUUUUGCACAAUUAUUUUACUUGACAACACAAGAAUCAAUAUAAAAAAAAUAACCAAUUAGUUAAUUAACUAUUGAUUGUACUUGACUAAAGUGGAAGUUUAAGCUGAAUUACAGGUUGAUGCUUUAAAGUAAAUUUGACACAAAAAACAUAUAAUUAUAUAAUCUUCUAUUCUCAUAAGAUAGUGAUAGGGUGAUAGCGUAUUGAGAAAGCUAAAUGCAUGAUACAGUGCUAAACAAAAAUAAUUUGUAGAAUACUCUAAUUGCAUAGAUAUUUAUUGUUGUUAGUCUAGAUCUAUUACAAAUUGAAUUACAUGACUGAUCCAAGCUAACUGAUAGAACUACACUUUGUAUAAGGUUGGUUUUUUUUUAAGUAUCUGUUUAUGUUUUACUUGUUUAUUGUAUGUUUGAGCCACAGCAUUUCUUCAAUGGAAUGUUUUAACUAUUGCUAGUGCAAACAAAUACUGGGUCCAUUUCCAUUCAUUGAAUGCUAACAUACAACAGACAGUCUCUUUAAAAAAAAAAGGUUAUUUACUAGAAAAUGUUGGGGUUAAGAAUGUCCACCAAACUUACUGCCAUUUUAUAGAGAGUUGGUUUUGUGCACACUUUUACUUUGAAACAUUCUGAACCUUGUGUGUUUGAUUUAUGAAAUGUCUGAGAACUAAUACAGGCCUAAAACUAGGAAUUGAUACUUCAUGUAAAAUGUCUGUAGAAAAAUCCAAAUCGAGAUUUCCAUUUUAAGCGGCCCCCGAAAGGGGAAAAGGCUCUGUUAGUUUUGUGUGGCCUGUUUGUCCAUCCCGUUUAGAUCUCAGAAACUGGAAGAGAAAAUGAAAAUCGGACAUCAUGAUAUUUUAGAUCAUUCAAUGUUCUGAUGCAACGGCUACUUUUUUCUUUUCUGAAAGCGAAAAAUCUAAUUUUUUAAAUCAAUUAUGCAAGCAGUUUUUUUCAUAAAAAUACACCAUUUUUACAACUAUUUACUAUUAUUAGUAUCAAACACUUGAGGCUUUUUGGUAAGGGAGAUAGCAAUUUACCAUUUUUUUAACACAUUUAUGCAAAUGGUUUUUUAUUUUUGGUCAAAAGAUUUAUUUUUUUUCCCAAUUGUAUUGCUAAGUUAUGUAAGUAUGUAAGAAAAAAUCUUUUUACUAUGCAAAUAAGUUGGACAUAAUUUAAAACAACAAUUAAUAAGUAGUUUUUGUUAUAAUUGCAUGAACUGCAUAGCAUCCAUACCGCCAUGGAACACAAAACUAAAUGAAUUUUAUUUUUUUUAUUGAAAUUUUAUUAGUCUUCAGGCUUUGAAUAUGAGACUGACCCUUUAUAAAACAAUUAGAUCAAUUAGAUACUCAUUAUAAGACAUCAGUUAGGCCAGGUUCACAUCUAACUUCACAUUCACUUUCACCUAUCUCUUGGUCUGAUGGACCUUUUAGGCACCACACAGAAUCUGUCAACCUUCUUUCUCCAUUCUUCUCUUUCAUUUGCUUUUGAUAGAAUUUCAUUCUGAUAUUCUUUUUGAAAAUAUUGAUACCUGCCUUUUUACCUGCUUUGGUGGACCACUUCUGAUAGAAUUUAAUACCGAUAUUCUUCUGAAAUAUUGAAACCUGCCUUUUUUCCUGCCGGGUGGACCACUUCGAGGCCGAGUUUGUAUUUCCACACAAACUGUCUUUGUAACCUUGUUUUUUUAAAUCCUAUUACAUUUUUAUCACAAACAAAUGAAGAUGUAUCUCAAAUGUUCAUAUAAUCUUCACUUAAAGUUGGCAGCAUAAGUUAAUUAGUUAUAGAAAAUGAAUUUUGUUUCGUUCAUUUACAUUUUGUCUUUUAUUUGUUCCUUUAAAAAAAAAACCGUUUUAAACAUGUGGCGCUAAAAGAGGGCUUUGGUGAAAGGUUUUAUGAAAUAAAAAAUUUGUUUUCCCACA